AAACGUAAAAAUCGCCUUCUUCUUUUUAAUGCUCCAUACGGCGUUUCGUAACGUUCCAAAUUUUAUAUGAUAGUUCCUUGAGUUGCAGCGCUUCAAGAGGUUACACAUUGUCAAACAAAAAGUCAUGUCUGCAGAAGGAUUGCGAGAGCGUUUACGGAAUAAGAAGGAUAUUGUUGUAGCGGAAGGAUAUGUGUUUGAAUUUGAGCGAAGAGGCUACCUACGCGCUGGGUGUUUCGUACCGGAGGUCGUGCUCAAUCACCCGGAACUCGUCCAAUCUCUGUACGAAGAGUUUGUCCAUGCAGGAAGUGACGUUGUCCUUGCAUUUACAUAUUACGGUCAUCGGGAGAAACUAAAGGUGAUAGGCAGAGAACAGCAAGUCAAGGAACUGAACCUAAAAGCCCUGAAAUUGGCCAAAGAAGUGGCGGUCAAAACAGGAACAUUGAUGGCGGGAAACAUAUGCAAUACUACGGUGUUUCAAAAGGGGAACGACACGGCAAUCGAAGCGGCACGCGCCAUGUUCAAGGAACAGAUCGAGUGGGCUGUGGAAUCGGGCGCGGACUAUAUUGUGGCGGAGACCUUUAGUGACUACGCGGAGGCAGAACUGGCCCUGCAGUGCAUCAAACUGUAUGGAAAUGGAUUGCCAGCAGUGGUUUCCUUUAUUGCUCAUGGCACCGACACCACGGCGGAUGGUCUCACUUUCCCCGAGGCUUGUAAGAGACUGGAGGAAGCCGGAGCAGACGUGGUGGGACUAAACUGCGGAAGAGGCCCCAAAACCAUGAUGCCACUGAUUAAAGAAAUCCGAAAAGUCUGCAAGGGACCAAUCUGCAUGUUGCCUGUACCUUACCGGACUACGCCCGACCAACCCACCAUGCAGUCACUGAUGGAACCUGAGACAGGAAAACAAGCAUUUCCCUUCGACCUUCCCGCUUUUGCCUGCAGUCGCACACAAAUAGCACAAUUUGCACGAGAGGCCAAAGAAGCCGGCGUCCAGUACAUUGGUCUGUGCUGCGGAAAUGCGUCUCACUACAUACGGGUGGUUGCUGAGGAAUAUGGCAGACGACCACCAGCUAGCGAAUUCUCUCCUAACAUGUCGGAACAUUUUAUCUUUGGGGACAAAGCACACGUGAAGGAAUAUCAUGCUACAACACUUCUCCCGAAUAUGUAGAGUUAUUGCUGAAUAAAUUAUUUGGAUUCU